AUGCAUUUCUUCCUUUCAGAAAAUGAAAUGUGUAUUUUUCCUUCUCUCUUUUCUGUAGAUGGAAUAUUUGGGAGAUGUCAGCGCGUGCCAGUAAGAGACAUAUAUAAAUAUGACAUUUCACCCCUUGUUCUUCAGCGCUUAAGGAUCAUCCUAGAGAAGCUCUCGCACAGAGGUUUUACGUGGCAAGAUGACUACACACAGCAUGUUAUUGGUCAGGAGCUCUCAACCAUUCAUAAAAUCCACACCAGACACCCUGAUGUAUUUCUACCUGAAGGGUCUCAUGGAGGAAGGACUUCAGAGCAGAAUGCAGAUAAUGAAAGAAAUUAUAACCUGGAAAAGGAUACAAACUUGGCCAAGUCUCUUCAGCAAUAUCUCACAUAUCUGGGUAUUCUCUCCCAGUCUGCAGCUACAAAUCUCUAUCCAAGGAAGAAGAGUGACACAGCUUCUGUCAAGAGCUACAUCUACAAUGAUCCCAUUAUGUACUACAUGAGGCAAAAGCCCAAAGAGAGCGCCCCUGCUUUGGCCCACACAUCCACAUCCCACCAACAACAUGCUGAAAAUCUUCCUGGAAAGACCCUUAAGCAGCCACUGCCAGACAAACCGCUACCAGAAUCAGAAAUGGAGCCUGACCAAAAUGCCCUGAUAGCCACGCUACACACGUACAUCACGCAGAACCUGUCAGCACAGAGCAAUGCCAAAAGCCCUCCCAGCAGGACUAAAGGGUCUCAGGUUUAUGCUAGCAGGCUCUAUCCUUCUCAAGUCAGUCAUUUUGAUGGAACUUUUACCAAAGGAAAAGCAGAUUUUGAAAUGAAGAGCCUGUUGCAGCCAAGACCUCCACCUGGAAUGCUGGGGCCAAGUUUGGAGAUGCUGAACCAGAAAUCUUCUUCCCAGAACAAACCAAAGGACCCUCUGAGUGCAGUGGAUGAAACACUUAUUAAGGAUGUACUGAAUGACCUGGAGAAACAUCAGGUGAAUGUGGAGGACCUGAGCUCUUUGGAACUGGACGAGAUCGCUGAUACUAUUGCUGAUGCAAUUCAAGGUGUUGACAUAGAAGAAAGUGAAAAGAAUGCUGGAAAAACUAGAGAAGAUGAAACAGGAGGAGAAAUGAAGAAAGGAGAUGCGCAAGGAAGGGCAGAGGUUCAGACCGGAUUAAUGGAGAACAGUAUUAACAUAGCAGAUAACGGAGUACGCGAAGCCACUUCCAAAACUGAUAAACAGGAGAAAACUGCAAAACUAGUUAACUUCUUGAAUGAGAAUGCAUUCCCUGAAAAUAUGCCUAAAGAACUUUUACCUGAAGAAUCUACUAAGACAGAAACCAAGAAAUCUGAAGAUACUGACUCUCCCUCUUCUUCCUCAGAAGAAAUAAAUGCUGGUGUGGAAAACGUAAAAAGUGAGACUUUCUCGAGGGAACUGACAGCUGCAAAGAACAUGGACUCUGACUCUAAAGAGCUGAGUGAGACCCGCUACUGGAUGCAGAAUGCUUUGAUGAAGGAUGAAAAUCCCUAUGAAGAACUUCAGAAAAAGACAGGACAUGACUUACAGCUUGAAGUGAAGUCUUUCAAAGAGAAUGACUAUGGCUAUAUUGUGACAGCGAAAGACCCCCUGAAUGUGGAAAAGGGCUUGGAGUUAAUAAAGGAAGUGGCAGAUCUCCUGAAGCUGCAGAUGAGUGCCUUCAAAGAUGUCAACAUCCUGGGACCAGCUGUGACCUUCAGGGUGCACUCAAACCUCCAGAAUAUUUCAUCUGCAGAUGUUGCCAAAGCAGCAGCUAUGAACAAAGAGAAGCUUGAAGAAACAACUGGACUGAAAAUUCUGCAGACAGGCGUGGGGGAGAUCAAUGGAAGCUUAAAUUUGGGAUCUUCAGAUGUUAGAGAGAAUCUGUCAGUGAAAGACUUGCUUAUUUCGGGUGUAACUUGA